ACAUGAGAGUGAAGAGCCCACUCAGUUUCAGUGACAGCUAGCGGACUGACGGCAGGAUCCAGGAGCACAGAUGUGCUGAAAGCUGAGAGAAAAUGAGGGGCCAGCUCCGGCUGCUGCAGGUAGCAACGAUGCUAACUAUAUAACCUAACGACAGGAGCUGCCUGCGACGCUUUCAGUGGGAGGCAGAUUCAUGAAUUUCGGCGGGUCCGCUCCCUGCUCUGCUGUGCGCUGCUGUCAUUAUGUUAGUGUUGUCGGCGGAUUUCUUCUCCAGUCCGUCUUAUCCCCAUUUUGCUUGACUCCCGUCCGUUUUUUGUUCAGGACUUCAUGAUGGCGGAACGGGGCGGGAGCCGAAAGGAAAACGGAAGAGCUCUUCUUCGACGGAUCAAAAACAGGCACACGAGCUGCAACGACGACCCCAAGUGGCCGAAGAUUGACGUAUAAAAAUUGAGUUUUGCUGCUCUCUGCCCUCGAAAUGUUUUACUUUUCUUUGCCCCCUGCCUCUGUCUUUUUUACGGUGGCCGAGUACGACGGAGUAUUAGGGCCACAUAAAAAAAUAUAUAUUUAAGACUUCAGGAUUAACGUCAUUAAUUUACGAGAAUAAAGUCGUAGUAAAGUAAUCACUUACGAGAGUAAAGUCAGAAUAAAGUCCUUACAUUCCAACCUGUUGUUUAAGAUGACAGUUUUUAAAAUGAGAGCCAUGGAGCAUUUCAUGAAAAUGUAUUUCAACAUAGGUUUACCAUACAAGGAGAUACUUUUGGCAAAUCAGCACCACAUUAUCAUAAGUAUCAUAAUGAUUUUAUGACUUUAUUCUCGCAAGUAAUUACUUUAUUACAACUUUUUUCUUGUUAGAAAGGACUUUUUUUCUCGUUAGUAAUGGCUUAAUUGGGCGGCAGUAGCUCAGGAGGUAGAGGGGUCGUCCGUUUUGGCUUUUUUUAUUUGCAUUCUUUUAUUUCACAGUAAGUAACCUUUUUCUUAUUUUUUGCAUUGCCACUUUUUUUUUGCGUCAUUAACUUCUGUUGUGGCUUUUUUUUUAAAAUCUGCACCGUUUCAUUUUUUUAUUUGCAGCAGGCUUCGGUUUAUUUAUUUAUUUUUUUUCCAUCGGUAACUUCCGCUGUGGCUUCUUUUUGUAUUCUUUUUUAUUUGCAGCAGUGGCAGUUCUCAGCCACCGUACUUUCCCCCUUAUUUUCUUUCCACACUUUUCUUCCUUCCUCCACACAACCCUUGCUUAGGAUUUGAACCAAGGGCACUUCAGUCAAAGGUAAUAGCCACAACCUCCCCAUCACAGGCCUGCCUUGUCUUUUUUAUUUCAAGAUUUUAUUAUGACUACUCAAAAGCUUGAUUCAGUCUGCAGCGUGAGGAAAGCAUUUCACCCCUGUCAAGGAAAGUCUCUAUUCAGGAUUUGAACCAGAGACUAUCUCUCUCAAAGGCAGCAACAUUGAUCUGCCCCACCAUAGGCCUGUCUGGUAUUUAUAUUUGGAUCUUUUCAAUUCAUCAUUUUAUUGUUUUGUUUUUUUCAAAAGCCGGGUUCAGUCUGGGGGCAGUGCCAUGAGCCAAUACCACCAAAUGCCAGCUUGGUAAUCCUUACAUAUUUAGUCUUUUCAUUCCCCAUGUCAUUAUUGUUUUUCUUUUUUUCAAACAGUAGGAUCAGACUGUAGAGAGGGGAAAGAAUUAUUUCUCCACUCACAUGGGAAGUCCCUUUUCAGGUUUGAACUGUGGACCAUUUAAUUCCUCCAACAUGUGAAAAGCGUCCGCUCAGGACAGAACCCAGAAUCAUUUUACUCGAUGAGGUGGUGCUAACUGCUAAAUUCAAGAAUCAUGUUACUGUGCACCUUUUUUUUUAAUGGUAGAGAAUUCCAAGUACUGUCCAAUAGUUUAAAGUCUUUGUCCUUUGUCCAGUGGAAGGAAACCAGGGCACUUCCACACAGGAUGAUGUUUGUUAAUUCCUCCAGUGUCGCUGAUUUAAACUGCAUGUAAGACAGUUGUUGCUUCAUUUUGAGAUUGCACUCAUGAAUGUAUGUUCACACGUAACACGCAAAGCCCUCAUUCCCUCCUCAAGCAAGCCUGCCAUGAGAUAAUCAACUCAUGCCCAUGUGAAUUGAACUGCUAUAGUUUAAAUGGUUCCUGCUAUAAUCCCAAUCCUGCCCAAACAGGAUUGGAUGCCCUAUUGAUGACAUUGAAUCAGAGGGCUCCUAUUAUGUCCCGUUAGCAGGUGUUGAGCAUGCUGGGGGGGUCAUGAACCCUUGGGGAUUUUACGAGACAUUUAGAGAGAAGAGAGCAAUAUUUAAUCUUAGGGAAUAUAUAUAUAUUUAUUUACUGUAAUAGAACUUCUUGAAUUCUCAUGUAAAUUGAAUUUUUUCUCUUCUGUCAUGUUGAUUUAAUGCCAUACAGCUUUUUCACAAACACACGGACAGACUCACACGUCAUCACAAUCUCACACUCAGCCUUUGCUUCCAUAAUCCACUCAGAUUAAUUCUACAGUGUUGUGCACUUUUGGCUGACAUACCAGACUGACAAAAACACUCAAUAAAACCGACAUUUUCUCUCUACAACUUGUAAAAACAUUCUUGUCAGCCUGCAGUCAAGGACAGAAAUUGAAUUACUCAAUAAGGAUUCGUUUCAAUUUGUUGCAAUAACAUCUUAAUCCUCUAUGUAGAGUGAACUACUUCUACCUCACUGAUAUUGUUUCAUUUUAAAAAAUCGAACACACCCUUAACUCUCUCACUUUUCAUGUACACUUUGCGUACUUUUAAAUGUCCAAAGUUUCACUCCACAAACAUUUUGCACAGCUGUUGCUUUGACUUUGCAUAACCCCUCAGCUGGUUGAAAAAAAUGAUAAUAAUAAUAAUGUCUACUUCCUGUCGCAUGGCUCAGUGGAUUAUAGCUUUAAUGUCGCCAGAUUUUCUGAUGAAUUUACAUAACAGGGAGACGGGCAGAGGGGAGGUUUAAGGGAGCAGAGGACAAACAAAGUGGAAGUUUCAGUCAGACUGGAGGAAGUGAAGAUCGUCCCAGAGGCUUUAAUCCCCAAACAUUGUCAUGAUCAGGGUAGUUCAUGGAAAUAUUAAUCCUUUUGUUUCCAUGCAAAUGUAAGCAAUACUCACACAGAUUAUCACACAUUCGGGUAUUAGCUGCAAUUUGUAGUUUCAGGCAAAAAUAACCAGUUUAAAUGUCUCAUUUAUCAUUUAAAACUGUUUAAAUAACACACAGAGAAUCUAGAGAGAAAUUUUCUGGUGCAAAAAAAAGUGAUACAAAUGAUUAAGUUUUACAAAAUGUACCAGUUAGAAUUCUAACUUUAAAGUUUUAAGUUAAAGUUUGAAAUGUUAAGCUUUUAAGUGUCUUCUAAAGAUUUUUAAAGUUUUAUUAUGCAUUUCAUUAAAUCUACAUUAUAUUAUUUUUAUUACUCUUUUUAUUUGUAGCCAUUUUUCCACUUUCAUGGUAUGUAUGGCAGCAUAUUCAAUCACAGAGAAAAGUGAGAAGAAGAAGAAAAAGAAAAAGAAGAAGAAGGAUAGGAAAAUAGAGGUUCAUUUACAUUCAGUCUCAACAAAAAAUAAAAAUAAAAAAAAUAAUAAAGGAAUGGUUGAAACUAUCAUGAGGUGAUUUACAAGAUUAUGAGAAAAAGCUUUUAAAAACAACUUAGUUAAAUACAUCAAAAAUGUUUGUUGUUUGUUCUACCAGGAAAAAAACAAAAACAAAAUAAUAUAUUUCCUCUUUUAUAUGGGUCUUACAAAAGGUCUCAAAAAUUCUUAAACUUUAUUUUAAAAAGUGUUCUGUAAAUCUUCAGUUUAUUUUAAAAAAAAAAACACUAAAUAAAAAAUAUUGAUAUUUGUGGUUAAGACUCUAAGAAUUAAAUUUCUCUACAGAGACGAACUUUGACUUUAAUCAACCAAGCAUAACUCUCAGCAUGCCAUGACCUACCCUGAGACCUACCUCGAAGCAGUGAGUGAGUGAAGACAUUAAAAAUAACUGUAGAAACAGUCAGUCUUUAUUCUGAUGAUCUGGUUUUCUUAUGUGGGUCAGACACAUUAGUUUCAAUUUCAGUCUGGUUCACAACCAGCAAAAAACUCCUGCAGGAGCUUUGAGACCAUGGAGAUGAUUGAUUGAAAGACAACUACUGAACAACUUGACUAAAAAUGAUGGUCUUAUUUCUCUAUACUUUAAAUAAAAUACUCAGACUCUGUUGUACCUACUGAAUAGGACUGAAAAUUACUACUCUUGUAAUUAAUUCACAGCAAACAAUAGAACAUGAACUGUUUUCAUGAAAUUCUACCAGUAUGCACUCAAAGUCUCUAGUGUCGGCCUCAGGUUCAGAUGGUGGUCUCGUUUACAGCGUGAUGUCAACACAGUGCUGACUCCUCCCAUCAAACCUACACCCCUGUGUGCAGCCACACCUCCCUGUCAUUCAAACUCCUGCAGCAUCCCGACAGGCAGGCCAGAGCAGGGCCGUCCUGAGGAGGGACCAACAGACUCACAGAGAGGAGAGAGAGCUGCUUCAGGGCUCGUGUAAGAAACGACGGGCGGAUGAUAAGAAGUCAACAGAAGACGGUAAGCAGAUAAAUCAAAUUAAAAAAAAAUUACCUGGAAAAAUUAUAAACUGUAAAAUCUUCUAUUCUUUCAUGUAAUCCUUAGAAUAUUAUCUAUUAUUUGUGUUUAUGUGGAAAUGAUUUUAAAUGGGUUUGAAUCUGUGCAAGAUAUUAAUUUUGAAAGAAAACUUUAAAAAGUAUUUUAAUAGUAUUUGCAAAAAGAAAGACACACAUAGAGUAAAAAUUUAUGUUCCAACUUUGGGAAUCUUCUCUUUACAGUACCAUGUGUCACAAUUAAAAAGAUUUUUUUUUCUUUGUCACUGCAGACAUGAGUUUUGGGGCUGCUUGCAUUUUCCUACGAGGAGGCAAAAACAUUGUGAGUACAGCUGUGAUGGUAUUUUCCUCUUAUAAGUGGGUUUGCAAUGAUAUUUGCAAACUGCUACAUGUAGUUGACUGGAUUAUAAUCUGAGAGAUGACAGUAUGGAAAGAUAAAAAAUGUCAACCUGUAAAAGCAAUCGCACUUAAUCAUGCUUUAUCAUGCUACUGUAAAAGUACUGGACACUAAAAUGUACAGUUUUUGCUAUAAAUCUUUAUCUCUGCUUUAUUUCUUACAGACAAGAGAACUGGCAGAUGAUGAAAUUGAUGGUGAGUUAAUUUCAGUCGUAUCUUUGUGUGUUUUUUACUCCAAAAUUUUUUACUAUUAGUUUCAAAACUCUUACACAACCUGGAUGCAUCUUAUCUCUUAUUUGCAGAGCUGCGGGAUGCGUUCAAUGAGUUUGACAAAGAUAAAGAUGGGCUGAUCAGCUGUAAGGACCUGGGGAACCUGAUGCGAACGAUGGGAUACAUGCCUACAGAGAUGGAGCUGAUUGAACUGAGCCAAAAUAUCAACAUGAACCGUGAGUCCUGGACUGAGUGGAGUAAACAAAUUCUAAAAAAUAAAACAUAAAGGACUUGGUGUGCUUCAACUUUUUCAUUAAGAAAUAGCAAGACAAGCGUAAGAUAACACAGAUCAUAUGGUUGAAUUUAACCAUCUUCAAUGAGUGAUCAUGAUCCAAACUGUAUAUAUCAUGUGACUUUUGAAGAUGAAGUCUUUAUGGUACACCUUGGCAUUGUAAAAACAACUUUUCUGAUUUUUUUGAGCUGCUAUGUGUGUCAUGAAAUUCAGCAGUCUCAGGCUUAUUUAGUCAAAAAUAAGUCAAUCAAAAUCUGUUAUUGUUUAUAAUUUCUUAGUUUUGUACUUAGUGUUUUUUUCAUGCUUGAAAGAGUUGAUUCUUAAAAGAUAGAGGGGGACGAGCACCUUUAAGUGUGUCAUAUUCAAACUGUCCUCUCAGGUGUUGAAUCAACACAAUAUACCAGCCACAAAAAUACUUGAUUAGAGAGUGAUAACUGUUUCUAAAUGCUUAUUUUUCUUGUUUUAUUUUUUCCCAGUUGGGGGCAGAGUUGAUUUUGAGGAUUUUGUGGAGCUCAUGGCACCAAAACUUCUGGCAGAGACAGCGGGGAUGAUCGGCGUGAAGGAGCUGAAGGAUGCUUUCAAAGAGGUGAAGGUCACUUUCUUAAAUCUUUAAAGCCCGGGGAUCCUUUCAAAACUUGAAGUUGUUCAGUUUCUACCUAAACUAAUUUUCUGUGGAGAUGAACAACAUGCCCAUCUAGCUCUUCUUUUGUCUCCCUUUCUUUAGUUUGACAUGGACGGGGAUGGAGAAAUCACAACAGCAGAGUUACGAUCAGCCAUGAUUAAGCUGAUGGGAGAGCACAUGAGCAGGAGGGAGAUAGACGCUAUAGUAAAAGAAGCAGAUGACAACGGAGACGGCACUGUAGACUUUGAAGGUAACUGUUUGUAAACUGCACUGACAUCAACUCAUAAACUUCACAAAAAAAUUCACUGAUCCUGAAACCCUUCUUCUUCUCUGCUGCAGAGUUUGUCAGAAUGAUGUCCCAUCAAUGA